CCGGAGACCAACCACCACGGGAGCACCCAGCACGCUCUGCGCUCCACGGAGCCCCGCUCCAUGCCGACCCGCUGGCGGGAGGGCGCCACGCGCGUUGCCGCAGCAGCCGUCCCCGCGGGCGGGGACCAAGCCUGCCGCUGAGCCAUCAGGCCGCCUGGCAGGCCGAGCUUCUGAGCCCCCGCGCGGGGAGCCCUGACUCUAUGGCCCCAGGGGAGCGCGCGGGAGCCACUGCGCCGCCCACCACCAGCCGGAACCUAAACGCCAGCGGGAGAAAGCGGGGAGCUCCGGGAGCCUCUGGCCCCAACCCAGAGGCCCCCACGUGGCCCCCACCCCCGCCGCAGGCAAUGGCAGGCAGGUAGCCGGCUCGCGCGAGGACCCCCUAGGCGGGCAGGACCCGCGGAGGACCGCCGAACCCAGAGAGAGGGAGGAGAGCAGCAGCCCGCCCGCCCCCGGCCGCAGCCUCACCAGGGCCCUCCCCCGGCGGCGCGCGCCCGUGCGCGCGCACACACUUGCACUGUACCUCCGCUCCAGCCCAGCCUCGCCUGGCCCCCGCGAGCGCCGAAGCCCCUGGGGCCGGAUGCCAUGGGUAACAACUUCUCCAGUAUCCCCUCUCUGCCCCGAGGAAAUCCGAGCCGGCCGCCGCGGGGCCACCCCCAGAACCUCAAAGACUCUAUCGGGGGCCCCUUCCCUGUCACCUCUCACCGAUGCCACCACAAGCAGAAGCACAGCCCGCCGGUCCUGCCCGGCGGGGUGCUGCUGGCCACACCGCUGCUCUUCCACCCGCACACCAAGGGCUCCCAGAUCCUCAUGGACCUCAGCCACAAGGCCGUCAAGAGGCAAGCCAGCUUCUGCAACGCCAUCACUUUCAGUAACCGCCCGGUCCUCAUCUACGAGCAAGUCAGGCUGAAGAUCACCAAGAAGCAGUGCUGCUGGAGUGGGGCGCUGCGCCUGGGCUUCACGAGCAAGGACCCCUCCCGCAUCCACCCUGACUCGCUGCCCAAGUACGCCUGCCCCGACCUGGUCUCUCAGAGCGGCUUCUGGGCCAAGGCGCUGCCCGAGGAGUUUGCCAACGAGGGCAACAUCAUCGCCUUCUGGGUGGACAAGAAGGGCCGCGUGUUCUACCGCAUCAACGACUCGGCCGCCAUGCUCUUCUUCAGCGGGGUCCGCACGGCCGACCCGCUCUGGGCCCUGGUGGACGUGUACGGCCUCACGCGGGGCGUCCAGCUGCUUGACAGCGAGCUGGUGCUGCCCGACUGCCUGCGGCCGCGCUCCUUCACCGCCCUGCGGAGGCCGUCGCUGCGGCGCGAGGCGGACGACGCGCGCCUGUCCGUGAGCCUGUGCGACCUCAACGUGCCGGCGGGGGAAGGCGACGAGGCCACGCCGCCCCCUGGCUGCCCCAUCCCGCAGAACUCGCUCAACUCGCAGCACAGCCGCGCUCUCCCCGCGCAGCUCGACGGCGACCUGCGCUUCCACGCGCUGCGCGCCGGCGCGCACGUCCGGAUUCUGGACGAGCAGACGGUGGCGCGCCUGGAGCACGGGCGCGACGAGCGCGCGCUCGUCUUCACCAGCCGGCCGGUGCGCGUGGCCGAGACCAUCUUCGUCAAGGUCACGCGCUCGAGCGGUGCAAGACCUGGCGCGCUCUCCUUUGGCGUCACCACGUGCGACCCCGGCACGCUGAGGCCUGCCGAUCUGCCCUUCAGCCCCGAGGCCCUGGUGGACCGCAAGGAGUUCUGGGCCGUGUGCCGCGUACCCGGGCCCCUGCACAGUGGCGACAUCCUCGGCCUGGUGGUCAACCCUGACGGCGAGCUGCACCUUAGCCACAACGGCGUUGCUGCGGGCAUGCAGCUGUGCGUGGACGCCUCGCAGCCACUCUGGAUGCUCUUCGGUCUGCAUGGGGCCAUCACGCAGAUCCGCCUCCUCGGCUCCACCAUCCUUGCUGAGCGGGGCAUCCCAUCGCUCCCGUGCUCCCCCGCCUCCACGCCAACCUCGCCCAGUGCCCUGGGCAGCUGCCUCUCCGACCCCUUGCUCAGCACUUACAGCUCGGGACCCCUGGGGAGCUCUGCUGGUGGGACGGCCCCCAACUCACCGGUGAGCCUUCCCGAGUCACCAGUGACCCCAGGCACAGGCCAGUGGAGUGACGAGUGCACCAUUUGCUACGAGCACGCAGUGGACACGGUCAUCUACACAUGUGGCCACAUGUGCGUCUGCUAUGCCUGCGGUCUGCGCCUCAAGAAGGCCCUGCACGCCUGCUGCCCCAUCUGCCGCCGCCCCAUCAAGGACAUCAUCAAGACCUACCGGAGCUCCUAGCCCGACAUGGCGCCCCACCCUGCACCCCCACCUCCUCAGACUCCGGCCCAGCUCUGGCCAAGGGGCACACCAACGGGGCCCCUUCUCUUCUUCCUCACUUUGGAAACUCUUCUUCCUUCUCCAUUAAACCCGAGGUUCCUGAAGGUUUGGGGAACAGAGGGGCAUUGUGCAGGGAGGUGGGGCCAGAAGCAGACUGGGGAGGGAAGGAGUCCACACUUUGUCUGCUUCCCCCUCUCUGCCCCCAGCUCUUCCCUUCAUGCAGAGGGGUUACAUUGGGGUCUCUGACUGUCCCAGUCCUUCCCCACGUGGGACCGACUUCUAGGAGGUCCGUCUAGCCCAUGUGGCACCUUUGUGAGAAUUAAAAAGUAUGUCCCUUCCUCUGGGCAGAUGUGGCCCUGAGCCAGGGCAUGUGGCUUGUCUCAUGGAGUAUGGACCAGACAGCCCCCUCUGUUCGCUCCCGCAGCCUGCCGCCUGUGCGCGGUGCACAGCCUGCUCUGCUGCCGCAGCAGCCCUGGCAGGUGGCCCGAGCUGGCCUUACUCUGACCUACCCCACCCUCUCCCUCUUCCCUGCCCUGUGGCCCUGGCAGCCCCGGGGAAAGAAGGCCAGCGGCUACCCCCCCUCCCACUGGGCAGGUGGCAGCUUCCAUACCAUGCCCGUCUCCCGCCCGCCCAGGGUGGGCAGUGUGCAGGCUGCAGGCGGCCCCAGGUUCCGAGUCCCCAGCUCUGUGCCCUGGCAGAGAUGCAGAGGCCCGUCCUGGCUGUCGCCUUUCUGCCCCAAUUGUCUGGCCCCUGGUGUGGGCUGGAGAGCAGGGUCUGUCGUCUGUCAGGGUCUCUGGGAACAGGUUUGCAUCUGUUUUCGGUGACUGGUGGCCGGUCCUCCUGCAUCUCAGUGCUGGCCUGGGCCUGGCUGACGCUGAGCUGCGGUGGCAUCCCCAGGAGAGGCCAGGGCGCGGGCUGGGGCCAGGGCAGUUUCUUGGAGAAAGGCCAGCCUUUUUCUUUACUUUAAUUAACUUAUUUAUAUGGAGUCUUUGUGGCGGAGGUGUGUUCCCAUCCCUCAGGCCCCUGGAAGUGCUGCCCUGGUGUGCAGGAUGCUUGGCCAGAAAGGGCAACGUUUCCCAGACUCCAGCCUGAAAGUCCACAGUUAGCUCUGCUUACCGUGAAUCAGAACGCCUUAAAAAGGGGCUGAAUAGGGAGGCCUCCUUGCAGGUUGUGUCCAUUUUACACCAAGGCAAACUGAGGCUCCGUGAUUCCCUGGGGCGGGUGGCUCACGCAGAGCCAUGGAGUGCCUCUCCCCGGGCUGCAGCAGGCUCUCACGGUUGGCUUUGACACGUCUGGAGGCCUGGGACCUGGGAAGGGACCUGGGAAGGCUGAAGGGGGGAGCCUGUUCUUAGCCCCGCCACCCCCAGGGAAGAUGAGAGGGCAGGGGCUGGGACCCAGCACUUCUGGGUGGUUACUCCUGGUUCUGGGGUGAGGGAGCACCCCACCUGUUCUUGGGCUGCAGGUACCCCACCUCUCAGCUCUGCCCUGCCUGCCCUGUCCUUAUAGGCCGUGGGCUGGGGCCAGCUCUCAGCAGUUUUGGCCUAGUCUCCCCGCGGCCUCCUGGCCCUCUGUCCCCUCAAGAUGCCUUUUACAUCCAUCCGAGACCGCUUCUCCCUGUGGCUGGCAGAGCAUGGGGCUCUGGACCUGGUGACCUACUGACCAGUUGUGCCGCCUGGCUGGGCCGGAGCCCCUCCGCGCCUCCUCCGUAAAAGGAUUGCUUGGGGAGCAGGGAAGACCGUGUGACUCUUUGGAGCUCUUUGGCGAGGGGCCGUGAUGGGGUGCUGCGGUGUGGUGUGGUGUGGUGGGACAGCAGUGAGGGCCAGGAGGGGCCUUCGUCCUUGCCUUGCAGUGGGCCUUUGGGAAGUGGUAGUUCUGCUGUGGCCUCCCCAGGUUCUGGCCCCCGGCCACCCCUUCUGUGGGGGUGGGGUGGGGGAGGCAGUGGCCCCGACUAGUCAAGGGCCCCAUUUCUGAGGCAAGGAUAGGUGUGAAGUGCAGGGGCUGCCAGGCCUGAGGGUGGGGGAGAGGAAGUCAUUGUCCUGUUGUCUGUUAGUGCGGGGUAGCUGUGCCUCCUUUGUGAACUCCCGUCGGGUCGGUCGCUGUGAUUGUCAAUAAAGGUGAUUUGUACCAGC